AUGCCCUCCCUCGCCCUUCGAUCACUCCUCCUCCCUGCCUCCCUCUCCGUCUUGGUUGCGUGCUCCCCAGUGGCACCCCACGAUGCUCGUACCACUCCCGCGCCCACCGAAUGGAAUCCGAGUCGGACGGUGAAGCAUCGACGAGAUAUCCUGAGCUCGGUCGAGGGAGACAUCAACUCGGUGCUCAGCGGACUGGGCUCUGGCAUCCCUUCGUACGUCGCCAGCGGUGUGCCCAACUUCUUUCAGGGCUUCCCAACAGGACAAGCGGUGGAGAGCUCACUGGGCAUCGGUGACUCGGAGCUUGCGGCUGUGCCGACGAAUGUCCUCAACAUCUCCCCUUACGCCAACUUCACCGAUCAGGGGUGGAAUGUGAGGUUCCACGGCAAUGUCUACAAACAACCCAACACCAGCGAGCAGACUUUGAAUGAUCUGGCCAACAAACUCUUCAUCUACGGCACCAGCGUCCAGGAUCUGCCCGCCGACCAACAAGCCCAAACCCGAAACUUGACCGCGGAAAUCUUCAUCGUCCAGCAAGGAAAUGUAAGUGUGAACACGAUCCACCUCGAGCCUGCUCAGAGCACAGGUGGUGAUGGCGAGUCUGGCGGAGGAGGAGCCGUGACACCAAGCGGCGGCACACAAGAUGUCACCCUUCCUCUCAACACCACCGCCGAAGGCGACUUCGACGCAUUCGUGCAGAUCAACAGCGCCGGCCUCCAACCAGGAAACACAACCAGCCAAGUCCAGCGUCUGAACACCUACGUCGACGGCGCCCCCCUCGGCAACGGCACCGCCUACCUCGUCCCCAACCAAGGCCUAACCAUCAUCUCCGACAUCGACGACAUCCUCCGCAUCACCAAAAUCUACGAACCGGAACAAGGCCUCCUGAACUCCUUCGCCCGCCCCUUCGUCCCAUGGCAAAACAUGCCGGACAUCUACGCCAACUGGAGCAAGAGCCUGCCCAACACCCACUUCCACUACCUCACCACCACCCCGGAACAAGUCACACGCAACUACAUGCAAUUCAUCUACUCCACCUACCCGGGCGGCUCCUUCGACGAUCGACCCUUGAACUUCUCCGACGUUACCGCCACCCUCAGCAUCCGCAAAUUCCUCCUCGACAAGGUCUUCCAGACUUUUCCCCAGCGCAAAUUCAUCCUCGUGGCCGAUACCUCCAACUCGGACGUCAUGAGGGAUUACCCGCAGCUCGUGACCGAUUACCCGGGCCAAGUCCAAUGUAUCUUCCUCCGCAACACCAGCGCCACGGACGACGGGGAUAAGUUUCCCUAUGAUACGAGUGGAUUCAAAGGGUUGAAUCAGAACAUGUACAUGUUUUUUGUGAAUGCGGAGGAUUUGUCCGGGUUGGAUAUUGCCAACGGGCAGUGUUAUAAUCAGAGUAUUGCGCAGAAUUUGACUUUUGGGUAUCAGGGUUUACCGGGCGGGUUGGGGAAGACGCCGACGAUUAACGGGAGUGCGAAUGGGCAGGGGAAUGGGACGAAGUCGGGGGCUGGUGCUUUGGUGGGUGGGAGUAGUGGUUUGAUGGCUUGGAGUUUUGCUGCUAUGCUCGGGGUGGUGUUUUGGGGUGUGCUGUGA